AUGAAGAAGCUGCUUCUGCUCCUCUGGGCAGUUGAUGCGCUCUGUCUAAUCUAUGAUGAUGCGGAGGACACUUGCACGAGGGUGUGUGGUAGCCGGCCUCUAGCCAUGAGCCACACCAUGAUGCGGAUUAUAGGCGGGGUCGAUGCCCUGCCAGGAACGUGGCCCUGGGCGGUCAGCUUCCAGUUCCCGACACGGGAGGGAUUCCGACAUUUCUGUGCCGGCAACUUGAUCAAUUCUCGCUGGGUAGUUACAACAGCGCAAUGCUUCCUCAUUCAAAGGUACCUGAAGCUGGAGUAUUUAAGAGUGCAGAUCGGGGCCACCCAGCGCUCCAAACCUGGACCAGAUGCCCAAAACCGUAUCAUCAAGAGGCUGGUGGACCACAAAAAUUACAACCAGGACAAGCACUGGAAUAACAUCGCCUUGAUAGAGCUGGACAAACCCGUGGUUUGCAACGAUUAUGUCCAGCCCGCCUGCUUGCCGGAGGGAAGCCUGGACGUAGACUCGCUCAGGCACUGCUAUAUCUGCGGCUGGGGCAUCACGAAGGAUAAGAAGUGGGCUGAAUAUUCGGAUAUCCUGCAAGAGACCGAAGUGUCGCUGAUAGCCAAGGAUGCGUGCAACAACUCUGAGCAGUAUUCCACACUCAUCCGAGAGGAACACCUGUGUGCCACCUCUGACGAUCCCACCAAGGUCAGCUGCAAGGGCGACGGCGGUGGCCCCCUGAUGUGCAGGGAGUCCCAUACCGAGCGCUACUGGCUGAUCGGUCUCAACAGCUGGGGCAAGGGCUGCUCCGAUGUCAAAACGCCGGGAGUCUUCACUGCCACCCAGUUCUUCUUCAGCUGGAUCAAGGAGAUGUUGGCCAACCCGCCCGUCUCUGGUCUUACUCCUCCAUUCAAACCAACCACCCCCCGCACCCCCAGCCCUCCACCCCCCAGCCGCUUCACGGGAGUCUAUUACCUCGACCCCAUUUACAAAAAGGUCAACGGGAUGCUAAUUGGGUACUUCCCCGAAGCCAACACAUACAGCCUUCCAACACGCCAGUGGAGACCGCCAGUCAGACGCACCACCUGGCCCUGGUACACGGGCACCCCCAGGACAUUUGCACCCUUCACCUUCUAUCCGAAGUCAACCCGGUGGCCCCUUUCCACUGCCGCCUUCUACCCGUGGGGCAAGAGGCCCAGUGUAAUCUAUAGGCGGAGAAAGUUCACAGCUGUUCCUCACACCACAUCUUUUUACUGGUCGAGGCCUGGGCCUCCAAACUGGAAUAGGCCCAAACGUUAG